UUGGCGGCGGCGGCGGCGGCGGCAGCGGGAGCAGGAGCGGCGGCGGCGGCGGCAUCCCCGAGACUCCUCGAGCUACCUUUCCCUCUGACAGCCACUGACGUUCUCCGCCGCUAGAAGAGACCCCGCUUCUCCGGCGCCCGCCUUCCCUCCCCCCCGCCUAGCCCCAGCCCCAGCCCCGCCAGCACCGCUACCUCCGCCAGCCUUGCCACCAUCAGCACCACCUCCACCACCGCCGCCGCCGCCGCCGCCGCCGCCACCACCGCCGGCGGCGGCAGCAGCCAUUUCAUCUCCACAGAAACCAGACACAAAAACAUGGCAGAAAUGGAGAAAGAAGGGAGACCUCCGGAAAAUAAAAGAAGCAGGAAACCGGCUCACCCAGUGAAAAGGGAGAUCAAUGAGGAAAUGAAGAACUUUGCAGAAAACACCAUGAAUGAACUUCUUGGCUGGUAUGGCUAUGAUAAGGUUGAAUUGAAAGAUGGUGAAGAUAUUGAAUUCAGAAACUAUCCUACAGAUGGAGAGAGCCGGCAGCACAUUUCUGUUCUCAAAGAAAAUUCUUUGCCAAAACCAAAAUUACCUGAGGACAGUGUUAUUUCACCAUACAAUAUAAGCACAGGCUAUUCAGGGCUUGCCACAGGAAAUGGACUCAGUGACUCACCUGCAGGGUCAAAGGAUCAUGGCAAUGUGCCCAUUAUUGUACCUUUAAUUCCGCCACCUUUCAUAAAGCCGCCGGCAGAAGAUGAUGUGUCAAAUGUACAAAUAAUGUGUGCCUGGUGCCAGAAAGUGGGAAUCAAGCGCUAUUCCCUGAGUAUGGGAAGUGAGGUGAAAAGCUUCUGCAGCGAGAAGUGCUUUGCGGCCUGCCGACGAGCCUACUUCAAGAGAAAUAAGGCUAGAGAUGAAGAUGGACAUGCUGAAAAUUUUCCCCAGCAGCACUAUGCUAAGGAAACUCCAAGGCUUGCCUUCAAGAAUAACUGCGAACUACUUAUGGGGAAAUUACAAUUCGGGGAUGUUACGUUCCUUGCCCUGGGAGAGAGGAGGGGAUCUAGUGAGCAGGCGCAGAGCCUAGAUUUGACCCACAUCUCUCUGACCUGUGCUCAGGCCAAGACACAUUGCCACCUUCUCAAGGUAUGUGACUGGUGUAAGCACAUAAGACACACAAAAGAAUACCUGGAUUUUGGGGAUGGGGAAAGAAGGCUUCAGUUCUGCAGUGCAAAAUGUCUCAAUCAGUACAAAAUGGACAUUUUCUACAAAGAGACACAGGCCAAUCUCCCAGCUGGGCUGUGCAGCACAUUACACCCUCCCAUGGAAAAUAAAGCAGAAGGCACUGGGGUACAGCUGCUCACUCCAGACUCCUGGAAUAUCCCUCUAACAGAUGCUCGCAGGAAGGCCCCCUCCCCGGCGGCUGCAGCUGGCCAAAGCCAGGGCCCUGGCCCAUCGGUGUCCACCACCGUCUCUCCAUCUGACGCCGCCAACUGCUCUGUCACUAAAAUCCCUACGCCAGUGCCCAAGUCCAUGCCCAUUAGCGAGACUCCAAACAUCCCUCCUGUCUCCGUCCAGCCACCUGCCGGCAUCGGGCCUCCCCUCGGCGUCCCGCCUCGCAGCCCUCCCAUGGUGAUGACCAACCGCGGCCCGGUACCGCUGCCCGUCUUCAUGGAGCAGCAGAUCAUGCAGCAGAUCCGCCCGCCCUUCAUUCGCGGACCGCCGCACCACGCCUCCAACCCCAACAGCCCUCUCUCCAACCCCAUGCUCCCCGGCAUCGGGCCCCCGCCUGGCGGCCCCAGGAACCUGGGCCCCACUUCCAGUCCCAUGCACCGGCCCAUGCUGUCUCCCCAUAUCCACCCCCCGAGCACCCCGACCAUGCCCGGGAACCCUCCGGCUCUGCUCCCCCCGCCACCUCCGGGCGCGCCCUUGCCGAGUCUCCCCUUCCCGCCAGUGAGCAUGAUGCCAAAUGGCCCGAUGCCCGUACCCCAGAUGAUGAAUUUCGGGCUGCCGUCUCUCGCCCCGCUGGUGCCGCCGCCCACCCUGCUCGUGCCGUACCCCGUGAUCGUGCCCCUGCCCGUGCCCAUCCCCAUCCCUAUUCCCGUCCCUCAUAUCAAUGAUUCCAAACCCCCCAACGGAUUUUCCAGCAACGGGGAGAACUUCAUUCCGAGCGCCCCCGGCGACUCCUCGGCGGCAGGAGGCAAGCCUGGCGGACACUCCCUGUCCCCCCGGGACUCCAAGCAGGGCUCGUCCAAGUCCGCGGACUCACCGCCCGGCUGCUCCGGCCAGGCCCUGAGCUUGGCGCCCGCGGAGCACGGCCGGAGCGAGGUGGUGGACCUGACGCGGCGCGCCGGCAGCCCCCCGGGCGCGGGCGGCCAGCUCGGCUUCCCCGGCGUGCUGCAGGGCCCGCAGGACGGCGUCAUCGACCUGACCGUGGGCCACCGGGCCCGGCUGCACAACGUGAUCCACCGCGCGCUGCACGCGCACGUCAAGGCGGAGCGCGAGCCGGGCGCCGCGGAGCGCAGGACCUGCGGCGGCUGCAGGGAUGGCCACUGCAGCCCGCCCGCCGCCGGCGACCCGGGCCCCGGCGCGCCCGCGGGCCCCGAGGCCGCCGCGGCCUGCAACGUCAUUGUGAACGGCACGCGCGGCGCCGCCGCCGAGGGCGCCAAGGGCGCGGAGCCGCCGCCUGAGCAGCCCCAGCCGCCGCCGCCUCCCGCGCCCCCCAAGAAGCUGCUGUCGCCGGAGGAGCCCGCGGUGAGCGAGCUGGAGUCCGUCAAAGAGAACAACUGUGCUUCCAACUGCCACCUGGACGGGGAGGCGGCCAAAAAGCUGAUGGGGGAGGAGGCCCUGGCGGGAGGCGACAAGUCAGACCCGAACCUUAAUAACCCCGCGGACGAGGACCACGCGUACGCUCUGCGUAUGCUGCCCAAGACGGGCUGCGUGAUCCAGCCUGUGCCAAAACCCGCGGAGAAGACUGCCAUGGCUCCGUGCAUCAUCUCCUCGCCCAUGCUCAGCGCCGGGCCCGAGGACCUGGAGCCUCCGCUCAAAAGGAGGUGCCUCCGAAUUAGAAAUCAGAAUAAGUAAAAGGAACGCUCACUCACAGGGUACCUUGCAUGGAGAGAGGGCGCAGAGCAAACCAUGUCUCGCCAUCCAGUGACACCAGCUGGUCAGCUCACCACCCCCUCUGGCUAAAACUCAAGCAAAUAAAGCCGCUUCCUGUCAUUAAGCAUCUCAGAGGAAGCAGCCCUCCCUCGGUGGCCUCUAGCCCAGAGAAGCCAGCACGUCUUGGACCCACCAAGCGGGCCCAGCCUUCCUGCUGCCACCAUCUCUGCUUCACCCCAGAGGAACUUAGGGAUUUUGCCCCUGGUUUAAAAGAAAAGAAAACAAAACAAAACAAAACGACAAAACACCAACAAGCCACAAGGACCAAUGUAGGUAUUCUCCCUGCCCCAUCUUCAAGGCUCAGAGGGUGAGGCUGGAAGACGAUACAGAUUUGAAAACAAAAAUCGUUUUUUAAUCUUUUUAAAAACUGCUGUGGUUUUGCUGCUACACGAAGAAUUGUGAUUUGCAUUGUACGGUUUUGGACCUAUACUGUUCACGUUUUGACGGCGGAGAGGGAUCAUACUGGAGUCCCAAUGCUUCAGAUUCAUCUCUGUCCUGCCAGGAUGCACUUUUAAAUGAAGAGUUAAAAUAUUUUAUUGGCUAAUAUACUUUUCUUGUUAUUUUUACAAAGGCCACCUUUAUCCUUUUUAAUGCCAUAUUUUCAGUGUUACACUUUUAUGGCUUUUAAUUUUCGAUCUGACAGAUGUAAGAAGCAGCAUGAAUAGUUUAUACUGUGGUUUUUCAGAGACUGAAUGCCAAGAGAACUCGGUAAAUGUUUAUUCUUCUCAGCUUUCUCCUUAAAUUCCCUUAAAUAGCGCCCCAUUUGGGAACAGAGCAAGAGUGUUGAACUGAAGACCAAAAUGCCCUCAAGGUGUAAAAUAAUCCGAGGGGGAAUAUUUGCUGGGCGUCACGAAAGACUUGGAUGAAAUUUCAACCCUGAUGGCUUUCGGUGAUCCAGGAAGUCAGUGAAGCAAUCUCUCUAUACGCAGAGCCCUUUCAUGAUAAUUAGAAUGGUAUGGACAAACCAAUGAAAACAGGAGGGAAAGUGAGAAAGCUCACCCAUGAUUCUGUUUCACUGUUUGCUUUCUCCUGUCAUGGUUAAGAGAAAUGUGCAAUUCGAUCCUCAAUCAGUGGGUGGAGGAUAACAGGGUAGAUUUUCUUGUGUGCACUUGUACAGUUGUAGCUGCGAGUCCAGAAGUCCUCUAGAGCAUGUGUACUGGCACUGAGUUGGUGAGACAGUCGUGGAGUAUCCCAUUCUGAUGAGUACAGAAAAAAAAAAAAAAAAAAAAGAAAAAAUAAGAAAAAAACAAAAAAAAGAAGAAAAC